AUGCCUGAUAUGUGUUGCUCGGACGAUGCGUUGUACGCAUCGGGUGGGAAGGGCUCCAUGCGAUAUUUAUUUCUUCAUGGAGGUCAUUCUCAACUAGCCCCUCCUGACAAUUUCUCGGUGGAGGCCAAAGUUCUUGUACAGAAUACUCAUGGAGAGAUCUUUUUCGACGACAGCCCAGAUCAACCCACCUCACAGUAUCAGUUCAUUGAUCGCACCCUAAAAUCCGUCAAUGGGAAGGAAGAUGCGUACAUACCAAAGCAGCUCUUUGUAGAAAAGAUGCUGAUGAAUGUUUCUAUCCCUACAUUACUGUUCGCCGAAAUUCCACGUGACCAUGCAGAUACCCCAAGCAGCGAGAAUGUAUCUUAUGUAAUCUACCAUGGUUUCUCGACUCUAACGUCCCGCUUCAGCACCCUACUAAUCCUCGGCCGAACCGGUGUGGAGCAAGCCUCCUUCCAGGACUAUGAGUAUCUCAAAUCGAUGCUUCAUCUAUUCGUUCCCCGAUUUGGACGGGCCAUAUCGCGCAUGAGCGACGUAUACCUCCCCGGAGAUGCACUGAAUCUGUCGCAUGAGGUUGCCGGCUAUAUGAUGGUCCCGUCGGGACAUACCAACAAUCUUCGCACCUUUCUUGCCAUGUAUGCGAAGCGCUACAUGCUCAAGUCAUCUAGCGAAACCGAGGUAUUAGAACGGUGUUUGUUGCAUAUGCUAAAGAUGCCGUUUGAGUUGAGCUCGGCAAUACGCUAUGGUCUUAUUUUGUAUUGA